CGGGAAGGUAUAUACACUAAGCUCCGCCCACCAGACGCACGUAGUACGAAACCUUCGGAGAAAAAAAGGGAUUUCUCAGUAAUGUUAGCCCGUUUUCUUUAUAAGCUGUCGAUGCAGACAGAUCGAGCACUCUGUGGGCGCCAUCCUCUCUUGUGAUGCAGCUGCGGAACUAUCUCCUCCAGGUCGACUGAAACUUUUUGCUCGACGCAUAAGAGCGUGCAUGGCUGCCAGCCUGCUCUUGUAGAGGGCUAACGUUCGCGGUUGUUGUGAAGUCACGAGCGCUGUCACUGGGGUGAGAUUGUCGGGCGCGACGAGGGAGGAGAAGAGGACCCGAAAUGUCCGUUUCACUGCAAGAUCUUGGUGUGAGGGAGAAGGGAGGGGACAUGUACGUGUGCGAAUCGAACAAAUGCGGCGACACUUGGACAGUGGCGGACAGCAGUGAGAGGAAAAAAAGGUGUCAGUGUCCGUACAUUUGCUUGUACCUCGCGUUGUUUCUUGGGGCCAUCAGCUUAAGCUUUAGUGUGAUUAUGCAUCAUUACACCGGACACGAGAUCCUGCAACUGAAAAUACAGCUGCAGCAGCUACAAGAGAACUGCUACGUGCAGCAACAGCUGCAGGACUCCAGCCGCGCUGCGGCAGUCCCUGAUGGCGAUGGUGCAAAUCGUGGCAGUUAUGUCGUGGGCAGCCUGAUCCGGGAAGUCACGGUUUCGUCAAGUUUACAGCAGGUACAGGUAGAAUCGGGUGAAACCCCAGUCAUCAGUGCUGAUGUAGAUCAAGAGACAGAAGAUGAUAAUGACAGUGAUAACGACAUCAGCGAAGCUAGCCCCGUGAUCUGGCACCGGUUUCGUCGAAACGCAGAAGCCCAAGCAAAAGGAAGAAAAAAGCCCGGCAAAAAACAAAAUGGCACAAAUGGUCCAGGAAAGGAGUGCAAAAAGUUUGACAAGUGCGUGCCAAAGAUCGAGGCAGUUCAUUUCAAGAGCAAUUUCUGGAACAACCGGAAAAAAUCUGAAUUCGGUAAAGACGGUCAGGCAGUAAUACGCAACGGAGAAGAACCGUGUGUAUAUAUCCCGGAAUGGCAGGGCACAGCGUGCAGAAACAGAACUGUUCGGAUAUCCACAAGUAAUGAAGCUCUUAAGUUCUUCACAGAGGCCGAAUGGAUGAAAGAAUUUUACAAAGACAAAGUGAGACCGGUUGAUGCCCUCAGAGAUGGGGGGUUUAAUGUCACCAAGACGGGGCUCUACCUCAUCUACAGCAGCGUACGUGUCCUCUUUCACGAUCUGAAGCCGCGCCAGUCACAGGCUGUUGUGGUUAACGGCGUUAAACUGUUCAAGUGUAUGGAAAGUGUUGACUACAUUGAUCGAGACCUUCCCCCAGACCAGAACCAAGCCAAGUACAAGUCUUGCGCCAUGACAGGAGUGACCCAGCUUAAGAAGGGAGACAGGCUUGAGGUGCAGAACCUGUACCCUAACACAGAGAUUGAUCUUACUGAUGAUGCCACCUACUUUGGUGCGGUCCUUUUGACGCCCACUGGGCCAUAAUUUCAUGAGACUCGAGUCCUUUUGUACCUGUAAUUAUGAGAGAAAUUCUCUCUGAACUCGCCAGCAGUUCACCAAAUGUGUCUCUUCUGGUCAUAUUGCAUCCUUCUGUCAAAAAUGACAAGCAGGUGACAUGUCGUCAACAAACUGCUGUUGUGUCUCGACACCUGCAAGAAUUAUGACUGUAAGAAGGGCAAACAUGUAAACAAAAGCGACAAAACUGUGUGAUGUGAAUUUAAUGCCACCCCCGUGAGACGAAAAUAUUUUACUGAAAUGUAGCUGUUUUAUGACACAGUAGUACCUCGGCACUCAAUCACUAUCCGUUGUGUAAAACACACUCUUUUUCCAUAAAAAAAUAAGGUAAAUCUAUUUGACGGGUCCCGACACUCAUCAAAAGCUAACUACCUUGAUUUAUUCAUAGUAUUACAAAGUAAGACAAAGGUUAAAGAAAAUAUUUCUAGACGUUUUCUUGAAAAACACAAUUUCGACAUUACAGUACUAUAAAUAUAAACUAAAAUAUUAAAUAUAAUUUUACUUCUUUAACUACAUCAAGUGCUUUAUUAAUGGCCUCUUUGUGUUUUAGUAUUGUCGAUUUCGUGGACUUUAUUAUGCCAUAUUGAAUGGCUGAUUCAGACACCCAUAUGCCACUCUUGUACUAGGCAAUAAGUUCUGUUAUGUGCUUUUGUUAGUUCAGAAAUGCUAAUUGUUGUUAUUGAUGUCUUCCUAUUUCAUUUACGUUUAUAACUAGAAAGCUUCUUGGGUGCUAUGAUAACCUUAUGGUAUACGUGCUCGCACACACACACGCGCCCAUGUGAAAUAAAACCCCAGGAGACUGUGAACCCAGCACCAGGACAGGGUUUUAGUGCUUGAAAGCAAGGCGCCAAGAGACGCUUUCCCCUUUGUCACGGGUUAGCGUGGCGUCUCCUGUGUGUUGUAGCUCAAGGGUCGAGUGCCGAGCACGUGGUCGAGCACCGAAAUAGAAUUCUUUCGAAAAUAUUGGUCCAGGACCGAAAAGUUCGAGCACGGAGGAGGUGGCGUGCCGAGGUAUCCCUGUAUAAUGAUGGGCAGGUAUUCAAUAGUACAGUUUUCAAACUCAGCUCUGAAGCUAAUUAUUUUCUUACUAUUGUUUUAUACAUGAAUUAAUGUUUAUAUUUGUUUUAAUGAACGGUCAAUUUGAAGUGGAGUAAUAAAUUAAGGAACCUUAGUGCGCAGUUGUAAGAAAUGAACAAAUACCGACAGGACCUCCGAGCCGUCCAUUAUGUAAAUGUUGCACUCUGAACAGGAGCAUUAUUGUACACACUAAACAUUUCUCAGACUUUCACAAACAAUUACACUCCGUGUAGCGUAAUAACUAGAAGCAGUAAAUGAUACGUGGCAUUGUAGCAUUACAUUUUCCCAUGGACGUUGCUUUCCCACAUGUUUUAAAGAAGCAUAAAUCAGUCGUGGACAAGGGUAGAACUUAUUAAACUAUGUGGUCAGGCAGCAAGUGUAUAGAAAGCUUGGGAAAGGCGCUACACGCAUAUUGCGUCGGCCUUCUCUAAGCUACAAAUCCAUAUAGUUGUUAAUGUUUUGAUCUCUUUCUUUAUUUCUUUAUUUCUUUAUAACUGGUACACGAGAUACAUAUUUCCUACGUAUUGCCUCCUUUCCUCUGUUUUUAUAUCUUUCUUUCUUCCACACUUCCUUUAAUCCUCCCAGCUGUAAUCUGAGACUGCACUCACAUUAGACUCACUGUUAGGGCAGCAAAAGAAUGUAAUCGCAUGUGGUUAGUUUCUAUUGUUAGAUAUGGGUUGGGUUUUACUCCACGAUUACUUCAGCAUACUGCCCACGCCCAGCUAUUAUUUUUAUUCAACAUUCCAUUGACCAGUUAUGUAAAUAAGUAAGCCACUGUAAACAUUGUGUGGCACUAUUACGCAUUUCAAAGUUACACCUGUACAUUAGUCUCACAAGUGGUAAGCAAGCAAUAAGAAAACGAAAUCCACCACUUUUCACAAAGUAGUGUGUUUGCCUUUAUUUCCGUCGUUUUAAUGUACAUAUAAUGAAAUAAUCCCACUCGACGCAUGUGUCUGUGUUUACAUGUUCGAUAUAAGCUUUUAUAAUGUAGAAUUCAACACUUUAAAUAGAAUAAUUACUUAAAGAAAAUGUAUUGUUAGAAGUUUGCUUCAGAAGUUGGGAAAUUUACGAUUUCUUUGACUUCUAGAUGCUGUUUUGAAUAUUUUGUAAAUAAAUCUAAAGAAUUCAAAAUGUU